CUCACUAACGUUACAUAUGCAAUGUUUUAAGUAAUAUCUUAGCAUUUAUAACGGGUAAUGUGAAAUGGAGUGUUUUUUAAAUAUUCUUAACGUAUACAUGUGCAUAAUGAAUUUAAAAUUGAAAAUUAGGUAAGUUUUGUGGGUAGCACAAUGGACGAAUGGUCGGCACAUCUGCCUCACAGUUCUAAGAACUAGGGUUCAAGUCCUGGCCUCACUUGUUUGGAGUUUGCAUGUUGUCCCCGUGCCUGCGUGGGUUUUCUCUGGGAACUCCAGUUUCCUCCCACACCCCAAAAAUAAUGCAUGAUAGAUUAAUGGAAGACUUUAAAUUGUCUAUAGGUGCGAAUAUGAGUGCGAGUGGUUGUUUGCUAAUAUGUGGUCGUGCUUGUGAGGAUAAACUGUACGUAAAAAUGAAUGAAUGCGUCGUCUGUGUAUACUCAUAUUAUCUUCUCACCCUCUUCUUCUCUUAGCAACCAUUUUUUUUUUUUUACAUUAAAAGUUGCGCAAUCACCCAAUCUUUCAAGUUUAGGGGUUCCGCCGUAAGCGACGACAGCGUACCGGAAGGGUGGACCCAGACUGUCGAUUAAUCGAGAGAGGAGUAUUGAAAACAACAUUUUGGUUGAAACGUGGCUCAAAUCCCAGUUGUAGAACAUUGUAAAAUAUAUGUGAGUUAUUACUUCAAGUGAUAAAAAGUUUAAAUAAUGUGAGACGAGACCACGUUUAAUUGUGUUAGAAGCAAUAAAAAAAAGUACCUUCUUUUCUCAUCGUCUGCCAAGGGAUCUUCUGUCCUGAUUGAGAGAAGACGCACAUGUCAGCUUAAAGUACACCCAACCACCCCCGCCCCACCCCUCAUCCACACGAGUGCACUUGUGAGAUUUGCGCCAGCGUUAGCAACAAAUAGCCUUGAUCAUCGGAUUAAGCGGCCUGUUGUGAUUGCGGGUGUCUUAUUUACCAGCGUAUUUAUUAAUUGAUAAAUGUCUCCUUCUCUGUCUCUGUGGAAUAAAAAAAAAAAAAUGGACAUGCCCUGCCUAAUGUCACUUUUACUGCCGUGUAAUGACAUCAAAUAAUUCAUUGCGGGGAUGUACUAUUCUUUUUAAUCUCGUAUUUCAUACAGUGUGUGUGUUUGUGUGUGUGUGUUAGGUGAUAUUUUGCUGUGCAGCGCGGUCUUAACAUGCUGCUGUCAGCUCUCAUGAGUGUUGUGCAGCUCUGAUGUUUAUCAAGGAACACACACACUGCACAACGUAGUACUGUACUGUAUAUACAAACAAAUCAGCAAACACGCACACAGACACAAACAUACAUAUAUGUGCGCACAAAUUGAUUCCGGGAAACACAAAGCCCAUCCCCAGGCUUUGAUAAACGGCGCCUAUUAAAAGCAAAAGGACAGUCCGCCCUCUGUAAGAUAGGAGAAAGAAUCUGCUUUCAUGCUCACAUAUCCUUAAUUUAUUUUCACUGGUCAUUUUAGCCGCAUUUGUGAAGCGAGCAUGUGACUGUGCGCGAUUGAGGGUCAGGGCGGACGCUUUUCCUUGCGUUACAAAAAAAUGAUUUAAAGUUGAUUAUGUGAGAAAUAUUGUUUUCCAGUGAUCAGUCCCAUGAGAACGACGUGGUUAUCGAUGUACUCACACAUCCCUGGAGGCUUCGGCUGGCCCUGCAAGUGAAGGAAGAGAGACACUUCAUCAUUGUUGAUUAACUAUUGAAGACCUCGUAAACAAUUCAUUGUUUACUAAAGGACCCUCUAAGCGCUUAUACCGUGGACCAACCAAAGAAUUACAAAGGUCUGGAGCCCUACAACCGAUUCAUUAAUGGCUGAGUUCGUCAUGCGGCGGUAUCCAUUGCAAGCAACCUGUGUCUCCACUCUGCUAAGCCGUCGUCCAAACGUGAGCGUCAGACGCCCGGCGAUGAGGUGGAGGAGGUGAAGAAUGAGCAACACAUCAGGAGAAGAAGGAGAGGGAAGGUCAGGGAAGCGUCUCCCACGGUUACGCUGAGAGUAAGCCGGGAAGCACAGAAGUUUGAAUAUGUAACGUGUCAGUUGUAGAAGAGGAUGUUGUUCCCGUUUUAAAAGGCGCGUGGAGAUUUCUGGGACAUUGAGUUCAGCGUGCUCAAUAAUUCAAGCCCCUCAUUAUUUGUUUCUUCUCCGCCGCUCACAAGAUGCCGGCUGUACACCACAAACUACUCCUGGAGGACGCUUUGCAGGACAGUCCUCAGACUCGUUCCUUGCUCAGCGUGUUUGAGGAGGAUGCAGCAAACCUCACCGACUAUACCAAUCAGCUGCUGCAGUCCAUGCAGCGUGUGUUCGGGGCUCAGAGCGAGAUGGGUUUGGCCACAGAGCAACUCGCACGGCAGCUUCUUGCCUAUGAGAAGAAAAAUUUUGCCCUCGGCAAAGGCGAUGAAGAAGUCGUCUCCACGUUGCAGAACUUUGCCAAAACAGUGGAGGAGCUGAACUCGCUGCACUUGGAGCUCGCCAACCAGAUGGCAGACACCAUGGUCUUCCCCUUGAUCCAGUUCAGAGAGAAAGACCUCACUGAGAUAAGUACGCUGAAGGAAAUAUAUGGCAUCGCCAAUGAUGAGCACGAGGCGGCCAUGGUCAAGUACAGCCGGUUACCCAAAAAGAGGGAGAACGAGAAACUGAAGGCCGACCUGGUGAAAGAAGUCGCGUACACUCGCAGGAAGCAGCACCAGGCCUCGCUGCAGUAUUACUGCGCCCUCAAUGCCCUGCAGUACCGCAAGAGGGUGGCCAUGUUGGAACCCAUGCUGUCUUACACACAGGCACAGGGCAUUUUCUUCAAGAAAGGCCUUGAGUUGGUGUCGAAGAAGAUGGACAACUUUCUCUCCUCUGUGUCCAAUAUGACACAAAGCAUCCAGGCCCAACUGGAUGUGGAGGCCGAGGCCAUGCGCGUGUCCCAGAAGGAGCUCUUGUCCGUGGACGACUCCGUCUACACGCUUGACAGUGACACUGAGCCCGUCAAUCGCACGCUGAUCCAAAAAGCUGGCUUCCUCAACAUCAGGAACAAAACUGGCCUCGUGACCACAGCGUGGGACCGCCUGUACUUCUUCACCCAGGGGGGGAAUCUCAUGUGCCAGCCACGGGGGGCCGUGGCGGGGGGCAUGGUGCUGGACCUGGACAACAGCUCAGUCAUGGCCAUCGAGUGCGAGGACAGGCACUACUGUUUCCAAAUCACCUCACCUUCUGGGAAGGCGUCAAUGAUUCUACAAGCAGAGAGCAGGAAGGAAUAUGAAGAAUGGAUCUGCACCGUGAACAACAUUUCCCGGCAGAUCUACUUGACUGACAACCCAGAGGCCGUGGCCAUACGACUGAACCAAACCGCCAUCCAGGCUGUCACCCCUGUCACCAGCUUCGAGAAGAGGCAGGAAGGCUCACCCGACCCUGACAGAGCCAAGCCAGGAGGCGUCUACUCCACCAGCGCCGCAUCUCAGAAGUCAGGCGCCGGUCCGGAGCCGGAGGACCUGAUCGCCCCCGGGACGCCCAUCCAGUUCGACAUCGUGCUGCCGGCCUCUGAAUUUCAGGACCAGAACAGAGUGGACGGGAGGCGCACAAAUCCAUUUGGAGAAACGGAUGACGACUGUUCCCACGAAAGCGAAGACUCCCUCUUGCAGCAGGUGUUUGCCGUGCGCUUUCUGGGCUCCAUGGAGGUGCGUUGCGGCGACAACCAGGAGGUGAUCUACGAGGCCAUGAGGCAGGUUCUGGCCGCCCGGGCCAUCCACAACAUCUUCAGGACUACGGAGUCGCACCUGAUGGUGACCAGCACCAGCCUGAGGCUGAUCGACCCUCAGACUCAAGUGACGAGAAUAACCUUCCAACUGGGGGAGGUGUGCCAGUUUGCGGCCCACCAGGAGAACAGCAGGCUGAUGGGCCUGGUGGUGGAGGGCCGCCACUGGAGCGGCAGCGGAGACGGCGACGGCGACCAAGGGGGCGAGCCCAUCUUUAGCGCUUUCGUCUUUGAGAGCAACACCGAGGGAGAGAAGAUUUGCUACACCAUGAGUUUGGCCAAGGAUAUUACAGAGGCAAAGAAGGAUCCGGCGGCUCUGGCCCAGCUGAUGAAGACCAUGCCGCUCACCAACGACGGCAAAUUCCUGCUGCUGGACGCCGAGUGCAGCGACACGGCCGACGGGGACGGACUCGAGGACCUGGAGUCUGAGGCCUAAUCCCGACAACAACAGACCGGACUCUUCUCUCCCAAGGUGUUUUCCACCGCUGGAACCUCAACACGAGGUGGCGACGUUUUUUUUUUUUUUUUGACAUGCAUGUCCGUAUUUAACCCGAGCGUCCAAUCACCCCCGUCGGCUCGGGAGUCGUCGGCUACGGUAAAAGCUGGAACGUUCCGGUCGGGGUCCACUUUGAACUGGAAUUUUGCGGCUGUGGUUCUCGAACGCUUUGCGCCAAGUCUUCACCCGAAAGGAGUUGAAAGGUAAAUACAACUCAACUGUGCUUACAAAGAAAAGUUUGACGCACAUUUAGAACAUUUGAUUGAGUGACCAUUCCCUUACCACUAGAGGGAGCCAGCGUAACACUUUCAGAAUCACUGAAUCAGCACCUGACUUGCACAAAGGGCAUUCAGUGGAGUUUAUUUUGAGCAAGUCGCAAAUAUGGCAGACUUUUGACUUGAGUACAUCCAAACUUACUUCCUCAAAUAGUCACAUCCAUUUAAAAUUUUAAAAAAUGUAACUUUAGUCAGUUAAAGAAUUACAAAAAAAAAUUAUUGGUAAUAUUGAAGAUGCUAAUACAAUACAGAAGAACAUGAUAGGUGUUCUGAAAAAAAUAGCAUUUGUAUUACAUUUUUUUUUCUUCGUUUGGAAAAAAAAUUCUUACCUAAUAGUAUUUCAUUCGGUUAAUGGGAUAGUUGCCUAAGACUUGUUUGGAAAUUAUCCAAAAACAAGUAAAAAGAGGAUUUGAAAGCAUGAAGAAGCUAUGAAGUUGCAUUGCUCCCAGCAAGUGGACGAAAGUGGCAUUGCACGCUUUCGGGAUCAGCUGCUGUGCACCCUCUAGUGGUACUAUUUGGUAUAACACUCCAUCGAAACUGAUGAAUUGCUUCGUUUAUGUUCGACUAAAAGGUGGCCAGUCCUUUUACGUAGGUUUACAUCUAUUUUUACUCAUUAUUGCUCAUGCCUGUACAUUUUACUACAGUGGAAUAUUAUUUCUUGGUUACGUGUACAUUUUAACUACAGUGGUACUUUUGACUGACGAGUUCCAUUCUUCCACCGAGCCGGGAACUCAAUUGGCCAGUACGGCGGAUACCCGCAUAAUCGCCGCUACGCCACCACCCGCAAAUUAAUCAAUUUUCCUCUCAAUUCUCCUUGAAGCCCGAACUGCAAUUUGAAACCCCGGUUUGAAACUCUCGACCUAUUUUGAAAGCCCUAAAUUUGAAACCUCGUGCGGGUUCUCAUAUGUUACGUUUGAACGUCGCUCAAGGUGCACGCGUGCCUCUCACGCCGCUUAAUUGCUCGUUAAUUUUCCCCUGCGAUUGUGAAUUGCAACCCGGACGCUGACGGCGCCUCGUGACUCCAGAAAAACUUGUUGGUUUAGGUCAAGGUGUCACUGCACUUAAGAUUCUUUGCACAUGAAGAAAUGAAAAAUAAUUGAAGGCUACAGAUUGCACUAAUGAACUAUUUCAACAUUCCACCCUUGCUUUGUGGGACACGACGGCCCUGCGGGAAUUGAAAUAUUUGGAUUUUGAUGUUUUGUUUUUAUUUUUGAGAAGUCGCUUGUACGUCAGCUCCUGUGCGCUGUUGACGAAUUGAAAGCAACAACGAACGGCGUCUUAAUGCUACGUUCUCCUGGCUCGUGUCAUAAUGUGAUAUUAAUUGGUCGUCAUGAAAAGUAAUAAAAUGUACAACUUGCACCUCACAAUUUGAAUAAAGUGACAAAAGGAA